AUGGGUUCUGGUUCGAAAAAAUCAAGAAGAAAAUCUUCUGCUACUUCUUUAACUCGAUUAAAAGUUGAUAAUUCUUUCCUAAAAAAUCAAAAUAUUAAACUUUUAUUAGAACUCGAACAUUCUAGAUUAACUAUUCAAGCUUUAAAAAAUAUUGUUAAUCAAAAAGAGUCUACUUUACAAAGUUAUCGUAAUGAAAAUCAAAAGGCUAUUCUAAAAAUUAGAGUUUUAGAGGCUUUGAUAUUUAGUAAACAUGCCAAGGACGGAAGUAUAAUCGUUAGGAGUAGUGGCGAUAAAUUAUCUAUCAAAAAAUCUAAAGAAAAGUUACCUAAAAAGGAUUCUUCGCAGAAAUCCACUAAAAAUUCUCCCCCUCCUC